AUGCGGUUUUUUUUAGUGUUUUUUGUUUUUAUUUCGGUGUAUGUUGUGUUCUGCUUUGGCUUGAGAAUUGGUAGAGAUGUUGAGAUAGUUGGUGCUCCUGAAUCUACUAUAGUAAGAAAAACCAUCACCGUUGAUAAAUCCGGCCAUGGAGAUUUCACCAGAAUCCAAUCUGCCAUCGAUUCAGUUCCUUCGUUCAAUUCUCACUGGAUCCGAAUUCGCAUUCGAAGCGGCAUUUAUAAAGAGCAAGUUAUAGUCCCGAUAGAGAAACCGUUCAUCAUGCUUGAAGGAGAUGGGCCACGCAGUACAAUCAUCAGUUGGGGUGAUGCCGAAGAUCUAAUCGCGAGCGCUACUUUCUCUGUGUGGGCUGGUAAUUUCGUUGCUCGGCGUAUAACUUUCGAGAACACAUACAACCGUGUAGUGAGACAACCAAAGCAGGCGGUUGCAGCGAUGGUGUACGGAGACAAAUGCUCUUUCUAUGAAUGUGGGUUCAUCAGCUUGCAAGAUACACUGUUCGAUUGCAUGGGCCGUCAUUACUUCUACGGUUGUUACAUCGAAGGAGCCAUUGAUUUCAUCUUCGGCACUGGCCAGUCUAUCUAUGAGAAAUGCAUGAUAUACGUGAAGACAGAUCCAGCAAUGGUACCGAUUGGUGUAGUGACAGCUCAAGGGAGGGACGACCCAAGUGAUACAAGCGGUUUUGUGUUUAAGUACUGUGAGGUGCAUGGGACUGGUAUGACCUACCUUGGAAGGGCUUGGAGGGCUUACUCUAGGGUCCUAUUUUUCAGAUCCAAAUUAACUGGGAUUGUCAUUCCUGAGGGUUGGGAUGCUUGGAACUUCAAGGACCAUGAGUAUGAUCUCUCUCUUUCUCCCGAGUAUUUUUUCUUUUUCUUCUUUUUAUCAUCAUCAUCAGAGUCUACAACAUGUGUGUCUCAAAAUGGUGUGGGCCCCACCAUGUUUAUUGUUCAUCAUCGUCAUCAUCGUGCGUUCAAUCAACACCGUCUGGUGUGGGACAAAAUAACGUAUGCUGAGUACGGUUGCAACGGAGCCGGGUCCAACACUGCACAUCGAGUUAGAUGGGUAAAGAAACUCAGUGAAUCGGAGGUGACUCAGUUAUCGAGCUUAUCUUUCAUUGAUAGCGAGGGAUGGAUCAAGCAACAACCCUAAGAAUCCCUCUCUAUUUAUUUUUUUUGUUAGUCUUAGUAAUUUGAUUACUAGCUGUUAAUGUAUUUGCAUUUCUAUUGUUGUUUGUGACCAUCCAUUUGCAGAUAAUUGUUGGAUGGAUAAGAUUGUCCUGACUUUUGUAAUUUUUGGGUUGUGGCUCAUCCACGUGGUGGCUUAAAAAAUCAACGGUUCUGAACACCUUCAAUAUUUUCCACUAUUAGAAUAAACCGUAGCAUGCUACAUUUGCCACCAUUGUCUGUUUCUUAUCGUGUCUUGCAUGUGCCACCAUUCAUCUUUUAUUUGAAUUUUACAUGUGCUACUAUGUCAU